AUCUAUAUUUUGAAAAACAACGCCAGCUUUCAAAAACCAACAGCUAUCGUAACCUUUCUUAAACUCUCUAAGCCAGCUUAAACCUUCUUUUUAUAAACUGUUAAAUCUCUCUCCUCUUUCCUCGUCAUGUCGAAGCCAUACUUAAUUAGCUUAGUUCACAUUUUCCAAGAAAAUUAAAAUUCUGUCAACAAUAUAUUCGACAGCACUUUCUCCUCCGGCGGCAAUGUGGAAUCUCCGGUCUCUCUCAUGCUUAUUGCUCCUCUGCUUUUCGGUCACGACGACAGUUGCUGCUCAAAGUACUAACAAUGCAACCACUAAAUGGCUAACAUUAAACGGAGAUGCACCAUUAGUUAUAGCCCGUGGUGGAUUUUCUGGAUUAUUUCCUGAUUCAAGCUAUGAUGCCUAUAUGGUGGCAAUGGAAACUAGCUUGGCCAAUGUGAUUGCUUGGUGUGAUGUCCAACUAACCAAAGAUGGGGUCGGCAUCUGCUUACCUGACCUCAAGCUUGACAAUGCUUCCGACAUUGAUGUGUACUUCAAAAACAAGAAGAGUAAAUACUCAGUGAAUGGAGUUCCAAUGCAAGGAUGGUUUUCUAUAGAUUUCAACUUCAAGGAUUUGGCGCCUGUCACCUUGAGACAAGGAGUUUUUUCGCGGACCCCUAAAUUUGAUGGCACACAGCAGAAAAUUCUUACUGUCCUGGAUGUGGUUGGCAAAGUCAAACCUCCAGGAUUAUGGUUGAAUAUCCAGCAUGACACCUUCUUCAGCCAGCACAAUCUGAGUAUGAGAAGCUUUAUUAUAUCCCUGUCCAGAAGUGUUAUCGUCAACUAUAUUUCAUCACCUGAGGUGGAUUUCCUCAAAAGUAUUGUGUCACGAUUCAAUCCACGAGUUACAAAACUCGUUUUCCGGUUUCUUGGACACGAUGACAUUGAGCCUUCAACAAAUCAAACGUAUGGUUCUUUAUUGAAGAAUCUCACAUUUAUCAAAACCUUUGCCUCUGGAAUUCUUGUUCCCAAAUCUUAUAUCUGGCCCGUGGACAACUCACUGUACUUGCAGCCACAUACAUCACUUGUCUUAGAUGCUCAUAAAGAAGGUCUUCAGAUUUUUGCAUCGGAGUUCGUAAAUGAUAUACCUUUUGCUUACAAUUACAGCUAUGAUCCUGCAACUGAGUAUUUGUCCUUUAUUGACAAUGGCGACUUUUCUGUGGAUGGAGUAUUGUCUGACUUCCCAAUAACUCCAUCAGCUACAAUAGAUUGCUUCACUCAUUUGGGCAAGAAUGAUAAACCUCAAGCAAAGCUUCUGAUUAUCACAUCUGAAGGAGCGAGUGGGGACUACCCGGGUUGUACUGAUUUGGCAUAUACAAAAGCUGCUAUGGAUGGUGCAGAUGUUCUUGACUGUCCUGUCCAAAUGGCAAAGGAUGGAAUACCCUUUUGCCUGGGUUCUAUGAAUUUGAUAGAUAAGACUACAGUUGCUCAAUCGUCAUUCGGCAAUAUUGGUAGUGCUGUCCCAGAGCUUAACAUAACAAAUGGAAUAUUCACCUUUAACCUUACUUGGGAUGAGAUUAAGAGCCUGAAACCGGCAAUAUCAAACCCAUGGUCAGAGUUUAGAUUGUACCGAAAUCCAAAAGCCAGAAAUGACGGAAGAUUUGUGUCGUUAGUGGAUUUCUUGACAUAUGCAAAAAAUGCCACAACUGUAUCUGGUGUGAUGAUCAGCAUAGAGAAUGCAGCUUACCUGGCAAAGCAUGGAUUUGGUGUAACUGCUGCUGUUCUUGAAGCCUUGAGCAAAGCUGCUUACAAUAAUCAGACAGCCAAGAAAGUUAUGAUCCAAUCAACUGACAGUUCGGUUCUGAAAGAAUUUAAGAAAAGCCAAUAUGAACUUGUUUAUAGGGUUGCUGAUGAUAUCAGUGAUAUUGAGAGCUCAACUAUAUCCGAGAUCAAGAGCUUUGCUAGUUCUGUAAUUGUAACCAAAAAAUCUGUUUUUCCAAGCGAGGAACAAUUUCUCAUUGGGCAAACAGAUGUGGUGCAGAAGCUGCAGUCAUCGAAUCUCCCAGUGUACAUAGGACUCUUUAAUAAUGAGUUUGUGUCUCAAGCAUGGGACUUUUUCUCAGAUUCAUCUGUCGAGAUAAACAACUAUAUCGCUGGAGCUGGUAUUGAUGGUGUUAUAACAGAAUUUCCCGGCACAGCUGCUAGAUACAGAAGGAACCGUUGUUUGGGUUACAAAGAACGACCACUGUAUCUUAGCCCUGUUGAACCUGGAGGUCUCCUACAAUUCAUGGCUCCUCAGUUAUUGCCAGCAGCUGAAGCUCCCAAUCCAAUACUUACUGAAAGUGACGUGGUUGAGCCACCUCUACCUCCUGUUGCAAAGAUCACUCCUACUGCUGGCAAUGAGUCUAUAGCUGCAGCUCCCGCCCCUCCAAGUGGUCAAUCCUCAGUUGUGGCUGGCGUUUUCAUAAGUUGCGUCGCCAUUCUUCUUGCCAAUCUUCUGAUCUUUUGAUCAAAUCAGAUCAUUUGUGCCUCAGUGAGAUCAUAUGGUGCACUUUAUAUGUCCAUUUUGCUGAUCAACUCAUGUUAUUGCUGAAGCCAUGCAUGACCGCGACAGUAGUCUAUGCAAAGAGAAUAGAAGAGGGAAAAUAACGUGAUUGUUAUAUUGGUUGUAUCGCUGAGUAUGUAAAGAGUCUGUACAACAAUUAAAUCAACAACGAUUAAGUUGAAAAAGAUAAGGACUAUAAAAAAGAGCCCAAAUAGGAGGAGAAAGUUACAACAAAAUCCUAAAGAUUAAGAACUACAAAAAAUAAAAAUCUGGAGCAGUAAGGUAUUAGGCAUAAGGUAAUCAUUCAUUACUACGCACCCGUAAGUGGGUGGUGUCAACAACACCCAACUUGGAAAGUUGCUUGACAAAGGAGGUUUGUUGGAAGUAUAUCUGCUACUUGAUUAGCCGAGUGAAGGUGUUGAACUUCAAUAGCCUUGUUUUAAACUUAUGCAUGUCAAUGUCAAGUCAUCCAAUGU